CUUCUUGUUUUCCUUCCUGAACAAACUUCCAUCUCUCUAUCCACUAACACCACACUCAUUUCUUUCUCUCAUCUUCAAUCUCUCUCGCCAGCUACAAUGGUGGAAAGCUAUCUAGGUGAGGAGUUCAAUCUAACAGGGAAGAAUCCCAGCGAUGAAGCUUUGAAGAGAUGGCGCAAGGCCGUCACUCUCGUCAAAAACCACAGCCGAAGAUUCCGUCAUGUUGCCGACCUCGAUAAACGAUCUAUUCAUCAGGACAGAUUUACCAAAAUCAAGGAAAAUCUGCGGGUUACCUUUCUAACUGUACGAGCAGCAAUGCGGUUUAUGGAUGCAGGUGGCACUCAUCCUGAUAAUCAUAAACCAAAAGAUGCAAAAGUUUCAGACUUUCGCAAUAAUCCAGAUAAACUAGCAUCCAUGGUUCAAAACUAUGAUAUGAAGACCUUGCUAUCCCUUGGGGGAGUUGAUGGAAUCGCAAAAGCAGUAGAGGUAUCGAUAGAUGAAGGAGUCAAAUCAAACGAUUUUUCUGUUAGACAAGAGACUUAUGGUGUCAACAAAUAUACUGAGAAGCCUUCCAAAAGCUUUUUUAUGUUUGUAUGGGAGGCUCUUCAUGAUUUAACCCUUAUCAUCCUUAUAGUUUGUGCACUGGUUUCAAUAGGUGUGGGGCUUGCAACUGAAGGUUGGCCAGAUGGAAUAUAUGAUGGAUUGGGUAUCCUUCUUAGUAUAUUACUAGUUGUUACUGUUACUGCUGUGAGUGACUACAAACAGUCCUUACAAUUUAAGGAUUUGGACAAAGAAAAGAAAAAGAUAUCCUGUCAUGUAACAAGAGAUGGCGGUCGAAUGAAGGUUUCCAUUUAUGAUUUGGUUGUCGGAGAUGUUGUUCAUUUAUCCAUCGGUGACCAAGUUCCAGCCGAUGGGAUAUUUAUAUCUGGGUACAGCUUGUUGAUUGAUGAGUCGAGCUUGACUGGUGAGAGCCAUGCUGUGAAUAUAGACAACAAGAAACCGUUUCUUCUUGGAGGAACUAAAGUGCAAGAUGGCUCAGCCAAGAUGCUUGUUGCAGCAGUCGGUAUGAGAACCGAAUGGGGAAAGUUGAUGGAAACAUUAAGCGAAGAAGGUGAAAACGAGACCCCUUUGCAAGUAAAGUUGAAUGGUGUCGCUACAAUCAUCGGUAAAAUUGGAUUGGGGUUUGCUGUGCUGACUUUUCUUGUGUUAACUGUGAGGUUUCUGAUAGAAAAAGCACUGAGAAAUGAGUUUUCAAGCUGGACUUCAAGUGAUGCAAUGAGUAUGUUGGACUACUUUGCCACUGCAGUAACAAUUAUUGUUGUUGCAGUGCCCGAAGGACUACCUUUAGCAGUCACACUCAGCCUUGCCUUCGCUAUGAAAAAAUUAAUGGACGAUAAAGCCCUUGUAAGACAUCUUACUGCUUGUGAAACCAUGGGUUCUUCUACUUGCAUAUGUACAGAUAAAACCGGGACUUUGACAACAAACCAUAUGGUGGUCGACAAAAUAUGGGUAUCCGGGAAAACGAAAGAUGUUAAAGAACCUUCCGAAUUAUCUCAAGAUCUUUCAACUACUAUCUUGGAGUGUAUAUUUGAAUGUACAAGUGCUGAGGUGGUUAAAGAUAAGGAUGGUAAAACUUCUAUUUUGGGCAGUCCAACAGAAUCAGCUAUCUUAGAAUACGGUUUGCUUUUGGGUGGUGAUUUUAGUACAAUACGUGGUGCGAUUAAAGUAAUAAAAAUGGAACCUUUUAAUUCCGCAAAAAAGAAAAUGUCCGUGAUUGUUUGUCUACCCGAUGGUCAAAUUCGUGCCUUCUGCAAAGGUGCGUCAGAAAUAGUAUUGGGAAUGUGUGACAAGAUCGUGGAUGUCAGCGGAGAAGUUGUUUCCAUGUCUGAUGAGAAAGCAAAACUUAUUACAGAUGUUAUUAAGACGUUUGCAGAUAACGCAUUAAGAACUCUUUGCUUGGCUUAUUCUGAUGUUGAAGAUGGGUUCAAUAUGCAAAAAGACAUACCCAAAGAUAGCUAUGUGUUGCUUGCGGUCAUCGGUAUUAAGGACCCACUUAGACCAGGGGUUAAGGAGGCGGUCGAAACGUGUUCAGCAGCGGGGAUUACUGUGCGUAUGGUUACUGGUGAUAAUAUCCAUACAGCCAGAGCCAUAGCAAAGGAAUGUGGCAUACUUACUGAAGGUGGGUUGGCCAUUGAAGGUCCAGAAUUUCGAGCUAAAACCACACAAGAAAAGAGUAUACUAGCACCAAGAAUUCAGGUAAUGGCUAGAUCAUCACCAACAGAUAAGUUAGAUCUUGUAAAGCAUUUGAGGGGACUGUCUGAAGUUGUUGCAGUUACUGGUGAUGGGACGAAUGAUGCUCCAGCUUUGCAUGAAUCAGACAUUGGAUUCGCCAUGGGUAUAGCUGGAACAGAGGUUGCGAAGGAACAAGCAGAUGUCAUUGUGAUGGAUGACGAUUUUGCAACAAUUGUAAAAGUAGCGAAAUGGGGACGUGCAGUAUACAUAAACAUCCAAAAGUUUGUCCAGUUUCAGUUAACCGUCAAUAUCGUUGCUCUCAUGAUCAACUUUGUCUCGGCGUGCAUCACAGGGUCUGCUCCCCUUACUGCUGUGCAAUUGCUAUGGGUGAAUUUGAUCAUGGACACGUUGGGUGCGUUAGCAUUAGCCACUGAACCGCCAAAUGACGGACUGAUGGCUAGACCACCCGUUAAACAAAGCGAAAGUUUCAUUACAAAGACCAUGUGGAGGAAUAUUCUUGGCCAAAGUGUUUACCAAAUGGCUAUCCUAUUUGUCUUGAACUUUGCCGGGAAAACCAUAUUGAAUUUGCAAGGGCCCGAUGCAACUGCCGUCCUCAAUACUUUCAUCUUCAACACCUUCGUCUUCUGUCAGGUGUUUAACGAAGUAAACAGCCGCGACAUGGAUAAAAUAAAUGUUUUCCGUGGGAUGUUCAGUAGUUGGAUAUUCAUUGGUGUGACAGUAUCGACCGUUGUUUUUCAAGUUAUCAUCGUGGAGUUCCUUGGGACUUUUGCAAGCACGGUGCCUUUAAACUGGGAACUAUGGUUGCUUAGCAUUGCACUAGGAUCUGUGGGCAUGCCAAUUGCGGUUAUUUUGAAGUGCUUUCCUAUUAAGCCAGUUGUCCAUGAUGGUUACGAGAUCCUCUCGGCUGGUCCAGAAAGUGUCUGAUGUAAAAGGCCAUAAACUUCAGUUUUGUACGAUCAAACAACUCAAUUCUGUCGGGAUUGUUUCUUUUUUGGUGAUACAAAAAGGCGAGGAAAAUGUGAUACAGCUCCAUACCAAGCUUUGGUAAACACAGAACAUACAUCAGUUUCUUGCUCUUAAUUUCCGAUUUAUGCAUAUGGUCUGAAAUUAUACAUUUGUUCGAAUAUCGUUUGUGGGAUCGAGUUAUGGGGUUUUGCAGAACGUACACAAAUGAGUUAUGGAUAUGGAAUGGAAGAACAAUUUUGAUGAACUUAUAAUAUGUAUCAAGUAAAUAAAUAAGACUUCAUUUAUGAAGAAGAUUGUUGGUAUAUA